CAACAAACACCCUAGACUUCGUCCCAAGUCAAUCUCUUCCUCAAUUUCUAUAUAUGUCCUUUCUCUUCCAGACCCAACAUCCGAAUUCAAUAUUUAUCACCAUCUCCUACCUUUCUGUUCAUCAUCGAUCUGAUAUCACCUUAAUAUCAUGGGCAAUGCUGUUUCUCCAUGUUUCAAACAAAGCUCCAAGUCAUCCGUGAAGUUGGUCUUCUGGGAAGGCACCACAAGGAUCCUCACCGGAAAGCACCUCGCCGGAGAGAUCAUGUUCGAGUUCCCGGACAGAAUGGUGUGCCAUGCAGACUCAUUCUUCAUCGGCCGGGUGGUUCCAGCUCUAGCCAUUGAUGAUGAGCUCAUCCCUGCACAAACCUACUUUGUCCUUCCAAUCGAUCUCUUUGCAUGCAAUGUGCUCUCCGCUUCUUCGCUUUCGGCCUUCACCUCGAGCCCUAAACCGUCUCCCAUCAAGUUCAGCGAGUGCCCGCUCGAGUACAUAAAGGGUUCAAAUGGGCGAGUUAUGAUUAAGGUCAUGCCGGAGUUUAUAACAAAGCUGAUCACUACUGGUAAGGAAGAUGGAUGUAGCAGCCCUAACAAUAGUUUCCUAUGCAGCACCCCAGAGUUGCAGAAGCACUAUGAACAAUUGGUUGGGUCUAAAGGGCAAGUAUGGUCACCUAAACUUGAGACAAUUUCUGAGUAUAAGCUUAGGUAUUCACCCUGCAGAUUCAUAGGGUUGGAAUGGAGAGAGAAAGAGGAGAAAGCCUAAACAAAAUUAAUUGUAUACUUUUUUGUUUGUUUGGAGUAGAAUUUGGAUUAAUAGUGGAAGAAGACAGAAUUAUGGAUGGGUAGUCUGUAGAUGUAUGCUUGUAAUCAAUUUGGUUUAAUCAUAAAUUUGUACAAACUUUUGGUUUCUUUAGGG